GUUUACUGCAGGAUUAAUAUCCGCUGCUGACCGUGAGAGCGGCUAUUGGUGCAGUUAUUCCAAUGGCCUGCUGUGGAACAUAUUACAUCUCUGACCCAGCUCCGCCAACAGAUGGGAUCGAGACCCUGAGAUACACUCAGCCAACAAAGCCCUCCAUCCUUCCUCUUGCUACAUGAGGUUACAGUAGACCCUAAGUCUCCAACAAAGACGGCGAGGCAGUAAUCCGACUGGCCGCUUAAAGCACGUCAUGACCGAAGAGUGUCGCUCUUUCCAAAAUGGGCAGGUGGAUUUGGCUAAGUGAUGGGCGGUGGGGUUCCCGUGAUGUUCCAGGGUCUAGCUUCUUCGUAUACCAAGCACCUCAACAUAUGGAUGCACGCACGCGAUGCGAUCCUUGCAAUAGUUAGUAAAAAAGACAAUGGGCUCGGCGGCACUUAAAUGUUUGCUCUUCCCCUCCGGGGGAUCUGCCUUCUGCAUGUUCUGUUUAUCACUCACGCCCUUUCAGCGAAAUAUUAGCUUACACGCGAGACUCUGCCAUGGCGUUCUCAUCGCUGCGCAACAGAUUUCUCGGUCGAAGUACCCCGAGCGCUGAGAAUCCUAUACCCGAGUCUGACAACCCGGUGCCCGUGUUUGAGAAAUCGGGCGCGGCUACAACAUCCGAGGCGGAUGCCAUUGGGAAUGGUUCUACCUUGUCCAGCGGCGAGGUCAUCUUUGACUCCGAGAAGGGACCCGUCAUUAUUGGCCGAGAGGGCAGUGAUAGUGACGAGCACUUUGCCGAUGACGACCCGGCGCUCAGAGAUAUCCCACCGCAGGUGCGACGUAUUGUCAGUUUGACGGAUGAUCCGACCCUGCCUACUCUUACCUUCAGAUACUUCAUCUUAGCCAUCUUCUUCGUGGCACCCGGUGCCUUUGUGUCGCAGCUGUCCAGUUACCGCACGACGUAUGCGCCCUACUCCGUGUUUUUCGUCCAGAUUCUGUCAAACUAUAUGGGACUCUGGCUGGCUAAGAUAUUACCUGAAAAAACUAUAAGGCUGCCAUUCACAAAGUUCGGAUUCAGUUUGAAUCCCGGGCCGUGGAAUUCAAAGGAGCAUGUUCUUGUUACUAUUUCGGCUGCGUCAGGAGCGACGUAUAAUCUUGCAUAUGGACCGAUUUCAAUGGCAGAGCUAUAUUUUGGUAUCAGAAUCAACCCUGCUGUUGCCAUUUUCUUCAUGUGGGCGGUCGUUUGGGUUGGUUAUUCAUAUGCGGCCAUUGCACGCCAGUUCUUGCUCUAUGAUCCACAAUAUCCGUGGUUCUCUGCGUUGUGUCAAACGGCCCUAUUCGAAACACAGAAAAAGCAAAACGCACAUCCCACACGAGUCUCUAGGAAACAAAUGAAAGUAUUCUUUUUUGCUCUGGGGUUCGUCACCACAUGGCAAUUUCUCCCCGAGUUUAUCUUCCCAAUGCUGGGUUCCAUGGCAUUCUUAUGUUGGGUAGCCCCAAGAAAUGCUACAGCAAACUUUCUCGGCUCUGGAUUUGGUGGAAUGGGCCUAUUGAAUCUAUCAUUCGACUGGUCUAAUUUGAGCAACCUCAGCAACAGUGGAAGUUUGUUCGUUACACCGUGGUGGACACAGGUUAUUAUUUUCCUUGCCUACGUUGUCGCCUGUCUCAUAUUAAUUCCGGCCGCAAAAUGGGGAGGCCUCGGCCAGUGGGACCACAAACUUAUGAGCAACAGACUAUUCACAGUCGAUGCCGAGCCAUACCCUAUUCUGGAGUUGAUGACACCACAAGCGACCUUCAACGAAACCGCUUAUGCUGAACAUGGCCAGAUCUACGUUGGUACUCAAGUACUAUGGACCAUGUUUUUUGACUAUGCAAGUUAUUCCUCUGGCGUUGUGUGGCUGCUGUGCUUCGGAUACCCAACAAUCAAGGCCACGAUCGAGAAGCUGCGAGCCCGACGACGCGCAGGUGGUAAAGAAACAAUUAACCACCAGUACAAUGAUCAGCUGAACAUUCUUCAGCGUUCAUAUGAAGAAGUUCCAUGGUGGUGGUAUGCGCUAUUGUUUCUAGCCUCAUUUGUGAUUAUUAUUACCUGUGUUGCAACGGGACAGCUGUUUAUACCAGUGUUCACUGUAUUCGUAGCCCUGGCAACUGGUGCGGUAAUGGUCAUUCCAUUGGGAUGGCUCUAUGCUGUCUCUAAUUACCAACUAGCGAUCGGAACUACGAAUGAACUUCUAUACGGCUUGAUGGUCAAUUCUAUAAGUGGCAACCACAACCCAUGUGGGGCAACUGUGUACAGCUCCAUUGCAGGAGAUGCAUGGUACCGCGCCCAGCUCAUGUUGCAAGAUCAGAAAAUUGGCCACUAUAUGCACGUACCACAACGAGCCGUGUUCUUCUCUCAGCUUUUCGGGUCCUUUAUUGGUAUCCCUAUUAACUAUGGCGUUAUUCGCUGGGCCGUGAAGUCAAAGGCGGAGUACCUCAACGGGACUAAAACAGACCCAACGCAUCAAUGGACUGGUCAAUCGCUCGCAAGUACCUUGACAACGAGCGUACAAUACGUCUUAAUUGGCCCCAAGCGUCUUUUCCAAGAAUCUCUCUUCUACCCUGUCCCAUACGGCUUCCUGGCCGGCGCCAUAACCCCACUCAUCCUCUUCGGCCUGCACAAGCUCUUCCCACGCGCGAAAUUCCAGCUCUGGAACAGCACCAUCUUCUUCGCGGGAUUGUCGUACUUCUACGGCAAUAUCAGUACGGGCUACUUCAGCUCCAUUAUCGGUGGCUUCGUCGUCAUGUUCUGGGCCUACCGUUAUCGCUAUGACCUAUGGGCGCGCUACAACUACCUACUCGCGGCAGCGUUUGAUGCGGGGUACAAUCUGAACCUUCUGCUCAUCUUCUUAUUUUUUGGCGCGGGGAAGGUGGUCACGAUGCCGAAUUGGUGGGGGAACAAUGCGGAUAGUAGUGAUAGGUGUUUUGCGCUGGAUAAGAGUGCUUAGAUGGAUGGGGGGGGUUGGGAAUAAGGCCGUGGUAGGGCUGUCUUGUGUUAUACCAGACCGAUUUAAUGUUGUGAAUAACUGUUUAUUGGAAUUAGAUGGGUGAUAAGUUGGUCAUUUUUCGCAAGAAUAUAGACCAAUCAUCAAACACAUAUAGUUUUGUAUUGACUGAUUUAUAUAUAUAGAUUGAGUAGAUUUUGUAUUAAUACGCA